AGCGUGUCCCUAAUGAAACUACCGUAUGUGCUUGCGUAGUAGUGGUGUGUCAGGAUUAUUAAAAAAAAUCUAGAUUACAACUACAAUUCCAAUAAAUGUAUGCAAUUACUGAAUUAUCUCCGCAAUUAUAUCAUAUCCCUUCACUCAAGAAAUUCUUAAUUUGGUAUCAACUUCCACGUUCUAUAUCGCAACCAAAUUGUAACCUCUACUACACCACGAAUGUUGGUUUCAUGUGAUUGAUUAGUUAAAUCAUAAAUCUAAGUAUGUUGUCAGGAGUUAAACACAUUAUUUUAGUUCUCUCCGGUAAAGGAGGUGUUGGGAAAUCAACUGUUAGUGUUCUGUUGGCAAUAGCGUUAAAAGAAUGUGGUUAUAAGGUUGGUUUAUUAGACGUUGAUUUAUGCGGUCCAAGUAUACCGUAUCUCCUUAAUCUACAAGAAAAGGAUGUGCAUCAGUGCCCUCAAGGAUGGGUCCCUGUAUAUUCUGACCAAGAUCAGAAUCUUGCAGUAAUGUCUAUAGGAUUCCUACUGAAAAGCAAGAAUGAUGCUGUUGUUUGGCGUGGACCAAAGAAACAUGCAAUGAUCAAGCAAUUCUUAACAGAUGUGUACUGGCAGGACAUAGAUUAUCUGAUUAUAGACACACCACCUGGAACAUCAGAUGAGCACAUAACUGUCAUGGAAAACGUCAGAAGUCUGAACUGUGAUGGAGCCAUUUUGGUAACAACACCGCAGGCAGUUGCCAUUGAAGAUGUAAGAAAGGAGCUGACUUUCUGUCGUAAGACAGGAAUUCCUGUACUUGGGGUGAUUGAAAACAUGAGUGGAUUUGUCUGCCCUACAUGCAGUGAAUGCACCAACAUCUUCUCUAGUGGAGGUGGACAGUCUCUGGCAAAUAUAGCUGAUAUUCCAUUUCUGGGAUGUGUGCCAAUUGAUCCACGAGUGGGGCAAAGUGUUGAGAAGGAACAAAGCUGUGUGGCAAAAAUUCCAGACUCUCCUGUCACUGCAGUGUUUAAGGACAUGGUGAAAAUUCUCACAAAACCCAUAGCUGGUGCAGAAGAUGGCACAGCAGAAACAUAAAGGCAAUGACUUUCAGAAGAUGUACAUAUGUGUUGUUUAUUAGAGUUUCAGAAAAAGCAGCUUGAAUAUUCAAGUCACCUGCAUAACAAGUAAAAGGCCAGCAAAGAAUCUAUGAAUAUUUGCAGUACAUAUCUCAGAAAAAUUUAAUGAAAAAUCUCACAAUAAAUCUAGUCACUUAUGAAAAGCUAGAACUUCAUGUGUUUGAAUACAGCUCAGAUUAAUACAAGAUGCAGAGUUAUACAAGUAACUUUUGAGUUACAUCAAAAUCUAUGCAGGGGUUUGGAAUUACGGCUCCUAAUAAGUGUCAGACAGACAUGACUUACACAUAAAACAUCUUUUUAAGAUUUAGGGCACCAUUUCAUAUUUAUGAUUACAAUAAAAAUGAAAAUGAAUGGUAA